UAUGAUAUAUUCCCAGGAUAAUGAAAUUAUGUGUGGAGUUAUACUGCAAAAACCCCCAYGUUCUGGAUCCACUUCGAAAUGUCAUCUGUCUACCAAGCAACCGGACAAUUAGACACUGGAAGAACAAAGUAGAUCAAAAACCUGGAUGGGAUCGCGACAUGUUGAAGUGGUGUUUGGAUGAGGCUAGGAAAAGCAACCUAAGAGAGCAAGACUAUUGGGGAGGAUUUGUGCUUGAUGAGAUGAAAAUACAGGAAGAUGWUCAAAUGGUGGUCAAAGGGGGGAAGCACAGACUGGUGGGUUUUGUGGAUUUAGGGCAGAUUCAUGAUGAUAUGCAGACCAUAACAGAAGGUGGUAAAUCAGAAGAGCCAAAGCUAGCCUCACAUGUCCUACAGUUUAUAUUUCUGGGAGAUAGUGGUUUUAGAUUUCCAAUUGCACAGUUCCCCUCUAGUGCCUGCAGUGCCAGUGACCUACAGUUUAUAUUUUGGGAGGGAGUGAGCAAGAUGCUUGAAACUGGAUUCACGAUAUACUAUUGCAUACUAGACGGAGCAGAAGUGAACCGCCAGUUUAUCAAGAUCCACUUUAAAACUGAGGAUGAGGCGAUCACAAACAAGUUCAUGUGUCCUAAUCCAUACAGUGUUACCUGUCCUAUGGUAUUUCUCAUGGACCCCAAGCAUAAUAUCAAGAAACUCAGGAAUAAUAUCCUUAAAAGUGACAUUGACAAUGGGACAAGGUGCCUUACUAUUGGGAAACACUCCAUAGUAUGGGAGCAAUUUAGAAAUGCAUUCAAUUAUGAUCAAGGAUCCUUUUCAAUGUCAUAUAACGAGCAACUUACAGCUGAUCACUUCUAUCUAACCCCMGCCUCAAAGAUGAGAAAUCAUCUCGCCGAAGAAGUCUUGGACAAGAAAAUGCUGAGUUUGAUGAAGGCCUACAAAGAGCACCUAAGGAAUAAACCUGGACAAGAUGAAAGUAGCUUAGAUGCCACAAUUGCACUUUUAAGCCAUUCCUCCAACAUGGUCCAGAUUUUUAAUGACAAGUACACCAUAUCAAGUAUUUCAGAUUCCAGGCUAAAGCAACUCACAGAAUUUCAACAGUUUCUUGAUGAUUGGAAAUCAAGCACAGAAUUAGAACCCAAGAAAUUCCUAUCACCGAAACUGUACUUUGACCUGCAGUCCAUGGUUUAUGGAUUCCAAGCCAUUGUAUAUGUUAAAACCAAGGUUCAUCAAAAUGCUGUAGUCAAACCUGCCAUAAUUAAUCAGGAUGUAGUGGAGAACCACUUUUGUCAGGUUCGAGCCUGCAAUGGUCAGAAUGCUAAUCCAACAUGGAAACUACAAGAGGCAUCACAGAAUACAAUUCGUUAUGGACAAUCCACUGUUAGCAGGAAAAGUAAUGCUGGGCUGUCAAGUUUAAAGAAAGCUACUAGCUAGGUAAAUUUCAAAGGAAUUAAGGGCUAAUUAGUUAACUCAGUAUUAUGCAAUUAGAGAAUUCACGUGAAUUACAAAAUUGAAUUUAAGUGCACUUUGAAAAAAGGGCAUUAUAAACAAAAAACAGUAAAAAAAAAACAGUUGCACUUUGUUUUAAUCUGUGAUUGGAAUAUGAUGGCAAA